AUGUUUAAGAAUGUGCAAACUGAGUUUGUGAAGAAGGCUGAUUGCAGAGUCUCUGUAGUUGCUGAAGAGGGGCCAUCGGUAUACAUGAAGGUGGAAGAGGAAAAAUUAGUCAACGAUACUAUUCUUUGCGUUCUAUACGACGUCCACUUUGACCGUUCCACACAGGAGGUUCGUUGUGAGUGUAAUCUUUUUGAGAGUUCAGGUGUGUUGUGCUAUCACUGUCUUGCAGUUUUCCAUUCAAAUAUAGUGUAUAAAGUACCUACCUAUUAUGUUCUCCCUCGCUGGAGCAAGAACAUAAAGCGCAAACAUACUUAUGUCAAGAGUAGUCACGACGUCAGUCAGUCGGAUGAGAGUCAUACUGCAUUCAGGGGAUUAUGUGCACACUUCUACAAUAUUGCUCAAGAGUUUGUCAAUGACGACGAUGAAACAGCAUUGCUGCAUGCUGCUCUGGAAGAAACAAGGGCCAAGCUGACCUUGCACUGUGCCAAGAAAAGGUCCGAGAGCAUGGCGGACAUCCACACCAGCAUUGGCUCACAGGGUUCGAAUGUUGUUGGUGUAGUCAACAUCCAAGGCCCAUCAAAGGUCACCACAAAGGGACGCCCAAAGAGUGAGGGGCUCGGCACUGCCCUAGAGAAGUCCUUCAAGAAAUCUGCUCGGAGGAAAAACAAGAAUGCCUCCUCGGUACAAGUGGUUCGUCCGGAGGCAUCUCAAGAUAUAAACUUUGGUGCUGUUGUUGGCCGGAAUGAGCCCCAACAAGUGGUUCGUCUGGAGGAAUCUCAAGAUAUAAACUUCGGUGAUGUUGGCCGGAAUGAGCCCUAA